AAGCCGCAGCAGCUCUCUUCUCUAGUCGGGAGUUCAUUCAGUAGCAGUGUGCUGGAGAGAAACUAGCUAGGAGGGGUCACUUGGUCGUUCAGUCCUCCCGUAUGGCGGCUUAUUCCAUGGGUGGCAGCUGCCUCGUCCUGCUGUGUCUCGUGUUCCCCGUCGUCCUCCUCGCUGGCGCCGCCCACGGCCACCCGUGGGGCGGCCUGUUUCCGCAGUUCUACGACCACUCGUGCCCGCAGGCCAAGGAGAUCGUGAGGUCCGUGGUGGCGCAGGCCGUCGCCAGGGAGACCAGGAUGGCGGCGUCGCUGGUCAGGCUGCAUUUCCACGACUGCUUCGUCCAGGGAUGCGACGCCUCUUUGCUGCUGGACAACAGCAGCAGCAUCGUCAGUGAGAAAGGGUCCAACCCCAACAGCAACUCCGCCAGAGGGUUCGAGGUGAUAGACGAGAUCAAGGUCGCCCUCGAGACCGACUGCCCCGGCACCGUCUCCUGCGCCGACAUCCUCGCCCUCGCCGCCCGCGACUCCACCGUCCUCGUCGGCGGGCCGUACUGGGACGUGCCGCUGGGGCGGCGGGACUCGCUGGGCGCCAGCAUCCAGGGCUCCAACAACGACAUCCCGGCGCCCAACAACACGCUCCCCACCAUUGUCACCAAGUUCAGGCGCCAGGGCCUUGAUGUCGUCGACGUCGUCGCGCUCUCCGGUGCCCACACCAUCGGCCUCUCCCGCUGCACCAGCUUCCGGCAGAGGCUGUACAACCAGUCGGGCAACGGCAUGGCGGACGCCACGCUGGACGCGUCCUACGCUUCGCACCUGAGGCAGGGCUGCCCCCGCUCCGGCGGCGACGACAACCUCUUCCCGCUGGACUUCGUCAGCCCCGCCAGGUUCGACAACUUCUACUUCAAGAACCUCCUCGUCGGCAAGGGCCUGCUCAGCUCCGACGAGGUGCUGCUGACCCGGAGCCCCGAGACCGCGGCGCUCGUCAAGGCCUACGCCGACGACGUCGACCUCUUCUUCCAGCACUUCGCGCAGUCGAUGGUGAAGAUGGGCAACAUCUCGCCGCUGACCGGGGCGCAGGGCGAGAUCAGGAAGAACUGCAGGAGGCUCAACGGCAACCACUACUGAUGAGGCUGCUGAUGCUUGACCAUAUUAUUUCUGUUGAGUGCCGGAUUUAUAUGUGAUGGUGGUGGCAUGUUUUGCUUAAAUAAACAAGAACAGCUUAACGCCAGAUUACCCUGUUAUUAACCAGUGUAACCGUGGAGCUCAAGUGCUUUUCGUUCGUUCUAUUGUAAAAAAAAAAAGGUCCCCAUGGAAGGUUGCUCUUUUCUGUGUGUCUACUAGUUACAACAAGGAAUUCCCAAUGAAUGAAUUGACUCCACAAUCUUGCAUUUCUGAA